AUGAUAAAUAAAUGUAUUCGACUGUAUCGUGUAGAUUAUCCGCAAAAAAUUGGCGCCCGUUGCGGAUUGCUUCAAUUUGAUUGCGAUCCGCUAGCAAGAACGCCGCUCUGCAUUCCAGUGUCCGCUGUGAGGGACUGCACACCAGAUUGCCCAAACAGCAGCGAUGAAUGGUGCCCGAUGGGCAAGGUCCUUUGCGAUUUGAACCUCAAAGCCAAUCAAUGCGGCAUCUGCGUUUUUCCGCAUGAAAUGACCAGCAGGUGUCUCGAUCGAAAAUGGAAACAUUUAUGCGAUUAUCAAGGAACUGUCAAAUGCGCGACGACAAUGAAUUGCGUCUUCUCGAAAUGGCUUAUGGAUGGAAAGGAUGAUUGCGGUGAUGGAAGCGAUGAAGACGUCUGCAACCGCGGACUCCUUGAUUGCGGCCGUUCGCCAGCACCAACGACGCCGAUCGCCAUCGAAACAACCACCGAAGAAGCUGAAAAUGUCACGAAACCGAAUAAAACGAUUAGCGUUGUUUAUAAAUCCCAAUGCGAUUUUGACGAAUUCCGAUGUCUCGAUGGUGAAUGCACACCGGUGGCGAAUGUUCUUGAUGGAAAAGAGGAUUGUCAAGACGGAAGCGAUGAAAACUAUUGCGAAAUGACCGAGGCGUGCGCUGAAACUGCUCGAUGCGCUUUUCAAAGGGACGUGCGCGCAUUCGGUUGUGGCUGUCCGCGGAAUUUCGAGCGCGACGAAUCCGGAAUCUGCGAGCCAAUUCCACCAAAUAAAGAGAAAUUGUGA